ACUGCACACCCUGUUACACCCUCGUGAGCUAGGGAUUAAAUUGGUUCUUUGUUUGGGCGAGAGAGGUCUGUGAAGGACGCGACGGUGGUACAAGGUCAGGGCCGUAGCUUUCUUUAGGAAUGACUACCAAGAAUUUAUCAGCACAAAUUGGGUUGCAUUUUAUCGAAUUUAUGUUUUAUAUCGGACGAACACAUUAGAUCAAAAUGAGUGGUUUGAGUGAAGUGGGUAUAUCCCCAGUUCUUCUACAAGCAAUAUCUCAUACAUUAACCUCAUCAGAUUCAAUAUCAACAGACAAGCGACUGACAACCAUGAAUGUUAAACAAGAAAAUCCUUCACCAUCUAAAGUGGUUUCCCAUUUAUUACAAGGAAUGAAUGAACCAGUGGCAAGUCUUCUACAGAGCCACUCCGGAAACAAAAUUAUGAUUAAGUCAGAAGUUGAUGAUCAGCAGCAACCAGUGCAAUUAAACGUUAAUCAAAAUGUUGAGAAAUCAACAGACUACACUAAUAGUGGUCAAGAUGUAAGUAUGGUUAAUGUUUUAACAGCCCUAGCAACGCAACAUUUGAGGAACAACACCAACUCAGAUACGACCAUACAACAACAACAACAUGUCAGCGAAUCAGCACCAACUAAUUUACUAGAGCAACAUGUAACCAAUGAACAAGGACAACAUAUCAUAAUUUAUUAUAACAGUGAAAGUGGAGCUGUACCAUCCCCCGCAAAUGAACACGAAGUGGUUAUUGAGAACAUGGAAAGUUCAGGGGAUGGGCAGGGAAUCCGUCUUGUAAUGCAACAGGGAGAUGAGGAGUUGCCUGCAGCAUCAACAUCAAAAUCAUCCAAUAUAUACAUGUUACAAGAAGUACAACAAGCUGCUUUAAGUAGUGAAUCACAUACAUCUAAAUCAUCACACAGUGAUGGUGCUGAACCUAUUGGUAAUCCUUGUCCUAUCUGUGGAGAUAAAAUAUCAGGCUAUCAUUAUGGAAUCUAUACAUGUGAAAGUUGUAAAGGUUUUUUUAAACGAACUGUUCAGAAUAAGAAAACAUUUGUUUGUCAUAGAAACAGUGACUGUGAAGUGAAUAUUUAUAAUCGUAAAAAAUGUCCAGCAUGUCGAUUUGUAAGAUGUUUAGACAUGGGAAUGAGGCUAGCAGCAAUAAGAAGAGAUCGGACACGAGGAGGAAGAAGUUCUUAUGAAGGAUGUCUUGCUCCUAAGAGUAAACCGUCACCAUUAGAAAGAAAGAUAAAACGCUCGUUACCCGGUUUGAAGACUCCAAUUUCAGAUGAUAUGGCAGUUCCUGUUAAUAUCACAUUUCCUGGUGAUAGUAGCAAAAGUCAUCUGGUAGCUAUUUUAAACCAUAGUAACCCUAUUUCACAAACUCAUAAAGAAACUGGACCUCAAACACCCGAGUUAUUAACAGAUAUCAUGAAUUUAGAACCAUUAUUAACAGACGAAGACAUUGUUCAGGAUCUACCAUUAGAUGCUGUAGAAACCCAAGACUCUUUAUUAAGUUAUCUGACACAGUUGACAGAAUUACGACUUUAUAAAUUGGUCCGCUGGGCUAGAAAUUUACCACAAUUUGGUGCAAUAUCAACUGAUGAUCAGAUCUUACUUCUACAGAGUUGUUGGUCUGACCUGUUAGCUUUAGGUGUAUGUUGGAGAACUAUGAGUAACCCAGCUGAGCUUACAAUAUCAGCUACCAAGAAAAUUAGUUUAGAGUUUGCUAUGAGUUUGGGUUUUGGUGAAGUGGUCACCAGACUGUUGUCUCUGUCAGAACAUUUUCAGAAAUUACAAAUGGACCAAGUAGAAUAUGUGGCUUUGAAAGUUCUCCUGCUGAUUACCCCAGAUGUGAAGGGAGUAAAAGAUCCUGCUAAGAUAUCAGAACAUCAAGAAAAACUAAUGGAAGCUCUGGAGACUUAUACAUGUACACACUUUCCUAAACCAGAUAAUAAAUUUGGUGAACUUUUAUUGAGAUUACCUGAACUUGCUCGAAUUAGUUUUAUGGCAAAAGAAAUUUUACUAACGCGUUUACCCAAGGACACAACCACUUGUGGUUUAUUAGUGGAACUAUUAAAGGGAGAGAAUGCUGCAAAAGAUGUUUGAUGGAGUUCUCCUUCCUUGAUAACUUGGUUUAUGGGAUAUUGAGGUUAUUAAAAAAAAACCUCAAUUCUGUGUGUAAAAGUGCUGUCUGUACAUGAUGUGCGAAUUGUGAUACAAGUGAAUUUAUCGACUUCCGAAAACCACAAAAGAGUUGGAAAUGCAUUAAAUAUUAAAAGUCUACAGCUUUGAAAACAUUAAAUACAAUUAAUGAAAGAUAUGUGCAAAAAGACCUCAAUUGAUAAGCAUGAGAUGUUAAUAUUAUGGGAAUGUGACCAGAUGUUAAAUUGUCUUAGUAUAAAAGAAAGAAUCAAGGAGAUAAUUGAGAGAGAUAAUACAGGGGGUAACCUCACCUUCAUUGUUAAAAUUUGCAAGAGCUUUAACUCAAAACCAGAUAGUUUUUUCUUCAUUGACUAUUCGCAUUCAUGUAUAGGAUGAAAUAUAUUCUGUAUUAAUUCAGCUGAUAUAGUACAUGUAAUUUAAACAUACAUGUACAUUAUGCAAGCACUAAAUCUGCCUAUUGCAGGUCUUUCUUUAGGCCUGAAAUGUUAUAUAAACUAUUAGACAUUAAAUUAACUUAUCCAAACCAUAAUCAACUCUCUAUGUCAUCUUAUGUGUCAGAUUUUCACUGGAUUUGAAUCCGAUCUGCUGCUCAAUCUGACUUUAAUAAUGAUGAUCGAGGCUAGGCUUAAAAUUCAAAAGCUAAUGCCUCAGUUCAGAGUGGAGCAAUUUGACUGAAAUUUUCAACAUAUUCUAUUUACGUUGUCUAUUUUUAAACUAUUAAUAAUAGUGAGAACAGCCAACUCUUUAUCUGAUCUCCCAUAAUACCUCUUUAACUUGCAUAAUACUGUAUUAUGUGACAAAUUAAUUUUUUUUUUUUUUUUUUUUUCAUUACUGUUGAUAGAUUAAAUGAUUAUGUGACUGUUAUGGACAAAAUUGAAAAUAAGAUCAAAAAAUUAAUACAAACAUGUCACUAUAAAUUUUAGCAUUUAUGAAAUAUAAGGAAUCAUGGAGUGAGGGAAAGGGUUUUCGUUUAUUCAAUAUUCAUGAAUAUGUAAAGUCUAGACACAGACGUUUUAUACUUCCACAUAAUGUGGACUUAGACUAUUAUGCUAUUGCCCGUCUGUGUGUGUGUCUGUGGGUCGCCUACAGGGCACAAUUCUUAAUGGAUUGUCUUGAAACUUUGCAUACUUAUUCCUUAUACCCUAACUAUGAUCCCUAUUGUUUUUGGUGCAUGCCCGACCCCCAGAGGCAGAGAGAUACCCAUUUGUUCUUUGUUUGUAUGUUGUCUACAGGCCACAAUUCUUAAAGGAUCGUCUUGGAACUUGGAAUAUAUAUUUCUUCUAGCCAAAGGACGGCAACUAUGAUUUUGGUCCAUGUCCCGCCCCCGAGGGGCAGAGCCAUGCCCAACUUUUGUGUUUAUCGUACAUGUAUAUACAGACCACAAUUCUGAAUGGAUCAUCUUGGAACUUGGCUUUUGUAUUCCUUAUAGCCUAAAGGUGGAAACAAUUGAUUUUGGUGCAUGUCGUCCAGACCCCCCAGGGGCAGAGCCAUGUCCAAUUUUUGUGUUUAGCACCCGAAGGCCACAAUUCUGAAUAAAUCAUCUUGGAACUUGGCUCAUGUAUUGCUUAUACCCCAAGGAUGGCAACUAUUGAUUUUGGUGCAUAAUCCCCCCCCCCCCCUUUGGGCGGUGCUACACCACUUUUUGUUAAUAUUUUGUUUAAAUACUGUACAGGUUGCAUUUAUUAACAGAUUUGGAUCCAAUUCAGCAUGAUCCAUCAUAGGGUUGUACCUAUUUAUAUUGGUCCAUGACCAACCCUCAGGGGCAGAGCCACGCCCAAUUUCUGGCGUGUUUUUUGUCUACAGGCUGGAAUUCUGAAUUGAUCAUCUUGGAACUCAUAGAGUGGGGUAAAGUCUAAUCAAACAAAACACUGGGAGGGGUAUGCUUGGAACUUGGCAUAUUUAUUCCUUAUACCGUAAGGAUAGUAACUAUUUAUUUUGGUGCAUGUCCCGACCCACAGGAAUUGGGUACCACACCCACUUUUUUGUUAAUUUUUUGUCGGUAAAUACUCUCUACAGGUUGCAAUUAUUAAAAGAUUUAGUUCAAAUCAGCAUAUCAGUCAUUUCAAUAACAGGGUUGUACCUAAUUAUAUUGUUCCAUAUCUAACCCCCAGGGGCAGACCCACGUUCAGUUGUUCUGUUUAUUAUCUACAGACUGCAAUUCUGGAUCAUCUUGGAACUUUGCAUGUUUAUUCCUUAUACUGUAAAGACAGCAACUAUUUUUUGGGGUGAGGCGGUGUCACACCCACUUUUUUGUUAAUAUCUAGUUUGUGACUUUGGCAAAACAAACCCAAUGCCUAGCCUUCUUUGCCGCUUGUCAUAUUGCAGCGGUAGCUAUGCUCUUGUUGUUUGUUAAAAGUUAAGGUACUAUGUAUUAUUCCAACAUGUUGGAAUCGGAAACAAAACUUUAUUCUUUUCUUUAAAAAGUUCAUGGGAUUCUAAGACGAUUAUGAUUAUAAGGAAUUUUGCCUUCAUGUACAUGUAUGUAGAAUAAUUUAAAGUAUUAUACACCUACUUGCAUCAAAUUACUAUCUGUAUUUAAAAUUUCUUGAAUACCGAUUUUAGCAAAGGUAAAUCAGUUGUGUAUUAUUGAAUAUUUGCAUGAACAUCCCAGAAGUUAUCUCAAAAAUGUUAUGGUGAGAUGAUCUUUUAAGUUGAAUGGUGUUGACAUUUUAUAAAUGAAUUCCAUCUUAUCUUGAAAUUUUGAAAGUUUUGAGUAAGCUGUGUUGGAAUUCCGAUUUGUAUUUCAUUUUUAUACCAGAUCCAGGUACCAUACAUAAUAAUUCAGACACUCCCUGACCCAAUCAUAUAUGUUAUAAUCCUUUCAGCAGUAACAUUGCUAUAUUUUAUGAUAGUGGUGAUUUAUGUUUAAUAAAGUACGAACUGAAUCGUCUUAUGGGACCACCACCAUUCAUUGUUUUGUAUUUUGUUUGUUAUUUUUCUCUUUAUUUAAGAGGUUUAAUUUCUAAACAUCAAUAACAUAUAUUUCCCUAAAUAUAGGAUUUAUUUCUUAAAUCUUUUAAGGCUGUAAGUAAUGUUCUGUUUAUUCAAUCGUGAUUAGAAAAUUUUUUAAGUUUCUUUUAUUUUGUUAAUAUUAUUGGUUAUUCUGUUAUUUUAUUAUAUGAAAGAUUAUCCUUCAGACUAGUCUGUGGCUUUUCAUAACCAAUAAAGAAUAUUGACUAAUUUUUGUGUACAUGACAAUAUACCUACAUUUAAUUGUAGACCAGAGGGAAAUAGUUAAUGAUCAUGAAGAAACAUACAUAUUUUUAAAAAAUAUCUAUAUCUUAUAAUUUUUUUAUUUUGUCAAAUUUCUUUCAUUUCAAAAUGACAAUAUUUUUCACAUUAGAUUGGUUAUGUAAAUAUAUUUAUUGAGGAAUAAUAUUUAACUAAAUGAAUUUUAAACUUCUAAGUAGGUCAAUCAUGUAUGACUCGAAUAAAUUAUUCCGGUAUUUA